AUGGAGCUCGAGGAGCAGCAGCGGCGGCAGCAGCAGAUGCAACGGCUAUGGGGCCACCUGGAGGACGUGCGCCUACUGAGACAAGUGCAACAGCAACUGCAGCAGCUGAUCGACCGCAUGCGGCAACUCACACCCAUGCUGCCCGCAGAAGACGAAGCAGCAGCAGUAACAACAGCAGCAGCAGCAGCAGCGGCGGCAGCAGCAGCAAACGCGCGAACAGCACGCACGGCUGCAGAGGGUCGCAACGUCUCAGACUGCGCUCCCAACGGCAUGGCAACGGCAGCAGCACGCAUGAAAGGACAGGCAGCACGCAUGAGAGAAAACGGGGCACACGAGCACGCCACAACAACAGCAACAGCAACAGCAACAGCAACAACAACAGCAACAACAACAGCAGCAGCAGCAGCUGCUGCUGAGACAGUGAACGAGGAGGAGCGAAGUGAACAAAACGCCAAAAGUCAUCAGUACAACCAGCAUGCCACGCGUGCCGGAAGUGGGCCGAGCAAUGAGGUUGGGGGGCUUGUGAUUCGCACAUCCAACGACUCGGGGGAAACAUGGUCUGGUGGCCGCACCAUUUACCAGGGCAACAUUGACUUCUACACCACGGUAUUCGACAACACCACCAAACGCGUCUGGCUCAUGCUCCAACAAAGCCCCAACGUCAAGGUGCUGUUUUCGGACGACCGCGGUGCAACGUGGAGUGCAGCGUCGAACCUCCGCGGCAUCAUCCCUGCUGUCGGACACGGCAUCCAGUUGCGCGCUGACAUGUGCGGAGAUGACGCUCCGUGUGCACACGCGGGACGGCUGGUCAUGCCAUUUGUUUGCCAAUCCACCACCACGGACAGUGGGAAGCGCGAAGGUGGUGGGAGUGGUGAUAUUGGUGGUGGCGGUGGCGGUGGCGGUGGUGGUGACAGCACGGCAACAGGGCCCAAGCGAGGUGAGCAACCGCAGCGUCGUGGGGAAGCGCAUGGAUGGCGUGACACGAGUGAAACGCACAAAGCGCAACGCAGACGCGCCCGCUUCACGUCAAGAGGUUUGCUUCGAAGUCAACAACAACAACAGCAACAACAGCAACAGCAACAGCAGCAACAACAGCAGCCGCAGCAACAGCAACAGCAACAACAACAACAGCAACAGCAGCAACAACAGCAGCCGCAGCAACAGCAACAGCAACAACAGCAACAGCAACAGCAGCAACAACAGCAGCCGCAGCAACAGCAACAGCAACAACAACAGCAGCGUCCGCAACUGAGGUGCGAUGCGUGUCGCAGCUGUCUGCUGUACUCGGAUGACCACGGCAACACGUGGCACAUUGGCGCUGUUGGGCAACCCGGGUCAAGGGAAUCGCAAGUCGUGCAGCUCAACAUGUCAUCAUCAUCAUCAUCAUCAUCAUCAUCAUCAUCAUCAUCAUCAUCAUCAUCAUCAUCAUCAUCAUCAUCAUCAUCAUCAUCAUCAUCAUCAUCAUCAUCAUCAUCAGUAGCAACAACAGUAGCAGCAACAUCAGCAGCAGCUGCUGCUGCAACACCAUCAGGGAUAGCUGUUGGCAUCACCAGCCACAGUGAAGCAACGCUGUACGCGACGGAGCGAAAUCUCGGGUCAACUCCCGGCCAUCGCAUGUUCGCGCGCGGUACCAGCACCAACUUCACGCAAUUUGGGAUUGACCCAGCAUUGGUGUCACCCAUCACCGAGCACUGGACUGGCGUCGUGGCCUCCAUACACCGCCUUCCACAACAACAACAACAACAACAACAACAACAACAACAACAACAACAACAACAACAACAACAACAACAACAACACGCCAACGUGAUAGUGUAUUCGGGUCCACUGAGCGCUGGUGCGCGCGCGAACCUGACGCUGCUUGCUAGCACAGACAACGGACACACCUGGUCGUGGCAGCGUGUGCUGUGGGCGGGACCAGGUGCCUACACAGACCUCGUGUCCACACCAAAGGGCAUGGGUAUCGUGUUUGAAAACGGUGCUGUCACUUUCGCUGAUCGCAUUUCAUUCUCCCUCCUGCCUUACGCUUGGUUUGAUGGGGCGGUGUGA